AUUGGCAUUCAGAAACAUUUGAGAUUGCCAACCAUGAAGCUGUUUGCACUGUGCUGCCUGCUAAUUCUGGGCCUUCUGGCAUGCCUGCCCACUCCCGGUGAUGCCUCUCCAUCACGUGACAGUGGAUCGCGACCGGGAUCAGGAUCAAGGGGUGGUAGUCCCUUCCAUCCUCCACCCCCACAACAACGUCCAUUUAUCUACGACUCACCGGUUAGGAGGCAACCACCCAAUACAAUGUACGCUUAAAC